AUGGCCAUGGCCAAGUACGGAGGAAUCGGUGGCUUCCCGGGACAGCGGCAGGGGGACGAUGCCCCACCAGGGACAGCGGCAGGGGACGGCCCCACCGGGGACAGCGGCAGGCCGCCUUCACUCAGGCAGGAGCGCAUGGCCGAAGUGGACCCCAAUCGCACCGGUCGCUUCGUGUUCUCAGGGACACGUGUGCUGGUGGGCCUGGCCGUCAGGACGCACGUGCCAAUGACACAUGAUGCCUCCUCGGAAUCUGAGGCAACUGAGGCGGCAGUAGCUGCUGCUAGCGCUCCAGCCGAGGCGCUGCGCGCGGCGCGGGCCCGCCCCCUCUGCGCUGCUGACCAAUCCCGUGCCGCCCGCCGCCGCUGGCCCCGCCCCACCGGAGAGCUGGGCCUCGCGAAAGUGGGCGCGGCGGGCCAAUCGAAAGGAGGAACGGGUUUGGAAGGGUUCCGCCUGCCAGAAGAGCAAAGCGGGCAGUCUCCUGGCCUGUGGGGCCAGAUCCUGAGAUCUCGCCCCUCUCGGAUCCCCAGCCCUGCCCAGGUCGCCCUGUCCCGGGCGAGCCUGCCCAGCCCCUGUCCCGGCCUCUCAGCAGGUGCGCCUUCUCUCCUGCCCGCUGAGGAAUCCAUGUCCCAGUCUGCAGGUACAGAUGCCCAGGUGACCAAGACUGUCUGAAGAGCUACAAGGCUGUCCUCAGGAGACACCAUGCCUCGAGUGUUUUAUUAUCCUUUCUCCAUACUUCCUGGCUUCGUUGUGCUUUGUUAGCAUUAGGGUCUUUUUCGUGAAGCUGUA